AUGAGGCUGCGAUCGCAUGGAGCUGGAGAUUGCAUGGCUGCCAUUGCUGCAGAGGGGCUUGGAAUGAUCCUUGAAGAGCAGACAAUGGAAGUGCACGUCUCGGGCGAUGAGGAGGCACGUUUUUACCCUCGAGGACAAGAGAACGUUCUUACUAUCGAAGAUGAGGAUGACAUUGGAAAUGACGAUGAAAGCCAUCGUGUCGUUGAACAUGAAACGAUUUGGGAGGAUGGAAGCGGCCUGCCAACCAAAGAGGCCACUGCGGGAAUGAUUUUCGAAGAGGACGGAAACUCUGCUGCUGGAGUCGGCAAUGCUGGAGCAGCAGUACCCAUGGCGGAAGUGCGUGAGGAACCGUGGUUCAUCCCACAGGGGCAGGGAAACAUAUGGAGCGACGCGCACGCAAUGGAAUGGACCCAGCAAGGCGGACAAUCACACACGAUGGACGGGACUUAUUACUUCGAUACCUUGUGA